UCCCUUCCUCUCGCCGUCAGCCGGUCGCAGCGUGUUGACGUCUCUGUGCGUCAUCUCCAAGGCAGCGGAAAAUGGCGGAGGCUCUACCGGAGGCCGGGCGGUAUUUCUGUCAUAAUUGUUCCGCCGAGAUAAGCCCUCGUCUGCCGGAAUACACUUGCCCCAGGUGUGAAUCGGGGUUCAUUGAAGAGCUUCCUGAAAUAAGGAACACAGAAAAUAUUAGCACCACUUCUGGGACAGAUCAAAACAGACAUCCCUUUGAGAGCCUAGAAUCCACCCAGUUCUCAUUACCUCCUGGUUAUGGCCAAGUUACUUUUGGGAUAUUCAAUGAGGGCCUAGAGUUUCCCAUAUUUGGAGCAACUGGAGCAAGUGAAGAGGGUCGCGAAGCGGAAAACAGAAGAGAACAACAGUCACGGCAAAGAUACAGCUCAAGACAACCACGUGCUAGACUGAGUACAAGGCGCUCUGCGGGAAGGCAUGAGGGUGUGCCUACCUUAGAAGGGAUCAUUCAGCAGCUGGUGAAUGGGAUUAUUGCACCCACAGCAAUGCCCAACUUGGGACUUGGGCCAUGGGGGGUCCUUCAUUCCAAUCCAAUGGAUUAUGCUUGGGGAGCUAAUGGCCUUGAUACCAUCAUCACGCAGUUACUUAACCAGUUUGAGAACACGGGUCCUCCACCUGCAGAUAAUGAGAAGAUCCAAGCCCUUCCAACAAUUCAGAUAACAGAGGAGCAUGUGGGUUCUGCUUUGGAGUGUCCAGUGUGUAAAGAAGACUAUGCAGUUGGUGAAAACGUCCGACAACUGCCUUGUAAUCACUUAUUUCACAAUGAUUGCAUCAUCCCCUGGUUAGAGCAGCAUGAUACAUGUCCUGUAUGCAGGAAAAGUCUGAGUGGGCAGAACACUGCAACCAACCCCCCAGGACUUUCAGACCUGAAUUUCUCUGCAUCUUCUGCUUCUUCCUCAUCGUCCACCUCCCCUACUGAAGAAAAUAACUCUGCCAACAAUUCCUGAGCAGCUGAAAUUGGGUGGGGGAGCAGUUGCCGUGCACCUGCACCUCUUGCCACCCUCUCGCCUGCUGCUUUUGUCACCACUGCAUUCAGAGCCGAAAGGAACAGAGCACAGGGGUUCCUAAGAGAAGAAAAAAUAAAAACAGACUUUUUAAGGCUUUUGGGGGUUGAGUCUGGAUUUCUCUUCCUCCUUACCAAGUGGGAGCAGCUGGUAACCAAAGUGUGACAUCUAAUAUGGAAGAGACUGAGUGGGUGUGAGGUUUUUUUUUUUUUUUUUUUCUGUGAAGGGUUUGGGUUUCCUCUUUUAAAAUAUAGAGGUGCGGUAACUCCUUUUUAUCAUUUUUAUUUUUUAAUGCUUUGAAGUUUUUAAUCUCUAAAUUAAACAUGUAUGAUACUGCUCCUAGUGUGAGCAGUGACUGCACCAUACUUGGAGGAUGUGUCUUCUUCAGUGAGAUGAAUUAAGUGUGUGUAGAAUGUGCCAUACUUGUGACUUGAGUGACACACAGCACUUGACUGUGGUUCCAGUUUCAUGUCUCAUAAUCCUUAAAGACUACUCUGUAUAGUGCUAAGGUUCCAUUUGACAGUAUUGGUAUUGUGUGUUUUUGUUUUAUUUUUUGUUUUUCUUUUAUAAUUUUUUUUGGUGUCUUUACCUAGUCUUAAUGUUUCUCUAUAUGCAUAUAUAGCAUGGUGUUUUAGCCCAGUUUGUCAAUACAUUCUGUUCAUAAGCUAAUUUUUGGGCUACAAAUUUUGCUACAAGCAAACCGAAUAUAAUACGAGCUAUGCUGAGCAA